UAAACAGACAAAGACAUGCCUGAGCCCCAGAAGCCAGAAGCCAAGGGCAACAAGGCUGCAGCAGCCCCUGCUGAGAAGCCAGCAGAGGAGGAGGAUGUCCAGCCUUCUGUAGACAACAAUGAGCCCAGGGAUGAGUUGCCUCCUGAUGAACAUGUGCCAGGGGAGGAGCCUCAGAUGUCUGAGCUGACCGGCCUGUUCGUGCUGAAGCCGGAGAGCGCCACGGCAACGAAAGGCAAAGAUGUCACGUUUGUGGCAAAAGUUGACUCCUCGAACCUGUUGAGGAAGCCAAACAUGAAAUGGCUGAAGGGGAAGUGGCUGGACCUGGGCAGCAAAGCUGGGAAGCACCUGCAGUUUAAGGAGUCCUAUGACAGGAACACCAAGAUCUACACUUAUGAGAUGAGCAUCAUCAAAGUGGUGGAUGGAGACGCAGGUGGCUACCGCUGCGAGGUCACCUCCAAAGACAAGUGCGACAGCUGCACAUUCGAAGUCACCGUGCAGGCUGUACAAGAGGAGCAGCAGGACAACAUCUUGGAGGCGUUUAAGCGAUCUGGAGAUGCAGGUGAGGAUGCUGGAGAUCUAGACUUCAGUGCCCUCCUCAAGAAAAGGGAGAAGAAACAAGAGGAGGUCAAAGAAGAAGUGGACGUGUGGGAGAUCCUGAAGGCGGCCAAGCCCUGCGACUAUGAGCGGAUUGCCUUCGAGUACGGCAUCACAGACCUGAGGGGCAUGCUGAAGAGGCUGAAGAAGAUGAAGAAGGUGGAGCCCAAAAAGAGUGACGCCUUCCUAAGAAAGCUGGAUCCAGCUUACUCAGUGGACAAGGGCAAGAAGAUCCAGCUCACGGUGGAAGUGGCUGACCCCAAUGUUCCCGUCAAGUGGCUCAAAAACGGACAGGAGAUCAAACCUUCAGCCAAGUAUGUGUUUGAGAGCGUGGGCAACAAGCGGACACUCACUAUCAACAAGUGCAACCUGUCUGAUGACGCAGCGUACGAGUGCGUGGUUGGGGAGGAGAAGUGCUUCACGGAGGUUUUUGUCAAAGAGCCUCCAGUCACCAUCACCAAGCUGCUGGAUGACGUCCACACCGUGGUGGGCGAGAGGGUGGAGUUCGAGGUGGAAGUGUCCGAGGAAGGAGCCAGCGUCAGAUGGAUGAAGGACGGAGUUGAGCUGAACAAAGAAACGGCAGGUUCAAAGUACAGGUUUAAAAAAGACGGGAAGAGACACAUUCUGAUCAUAAAUGAAGCUACUAAGGAGGAUAUUGGAAUGUAUCACGUCUUCACCAACGGCGGAGAGUCGAAGGCAGAACUGGAGGUUGAAGACAAAGAGCUGCAGGUUCUGCAGAGCAUCGCCGACCUGACAGUGAAGUCUGCCGAACAGGCUGUGUUCAAGUGUGAAGUGUCUGAUGAAAAAGUGACGGGGAAAUGGUUCAAGGACGGCGUCGAAGUGCAGCCCAGCAAUCGCAUCAAGAUGACGCACAUUGGAAGAAUCCACAAGCUGAUGAUUGAUGACGUGAAGCCUUCGGAUGCCGGGGAUUAUACCUUCGUCCCUGAUGGCUACGCACUUUCUCUCUCUGCAAAACUCAACUUCCUGGAAAUCAAGAUUGACUAUGUUCCCAGACAAGAUCCUCCCAAAAUACACCUGGACACCAGCAGCACCGGCAGCAAGAACACCAUCACCGUGGUGGCUGGAAACAAACUUCGGCUUGACGUCGAGAUCACAGGAGAGCCGGCCCCCACUGUGUGCUGGAUGAAAGGAGACAAAGUGGUGGCUGAGGCCGAGGGAAGGGUCCGCGUGGAGACGAGGAAGACCCUGAGCAGCUUCGUAAUCGAGGGGGCGGAGAAAGAGGACGAGGGCCACUACUCCAUCACCGUGACUAACCCUGCUGGAGAGGACAAAGCUGAACUGUUUGUCAAGAUCGUGGAUGUGCCCAAUCCUCCUGAGAAUGUCAAAUGCACAUCAGUUGGCGAGGACUCUGCCAUGAUCACAUGGGACCCUCCUGCCUUUGACGGCGGAGUUCCCAUUAAAGGGUACCUGAUGGAGAGGAAGAAGGUUGGCUCGUCCAGAUGGACAAAGCUCAACUUUGACGUUUACGAAUCCACCACAUAUGAGGCUAAGAAGAUGAUUGAAGGCGUGCUUUAUGAGAUGCGGGUUUUUGCAGUCAACGGCAUUGGCAUCUCUCAGCCCAGUACGAACUCCAAGCCCUUCAUGCCCAUUGCCCCCACCAGCGAGCCCACUCGUCUCCUGGUGGACGACGUGACAGACACUACCUGUGCACUCAAGUGGCGUCCUCCAGAGAAAAUCGGAGCAGGCGGCAUCGAUGGCUACAUCAUCGAGUACUGCAAAGAAGGAAGUGACGAGUGGGUGCAAGCUAAUGAGGAACCGGUGGAGAAGAACCAGUACAGGGUGAAGGGUCUCCCAGUCGGGGAGAAGAUGCUGUUCAGAGUGGUGGCUGUCAACAUCGCCGGGCGCAGCCCUCCUGCCAUCCUCUCCCAGGCCGUCACUAUCAGAGAGAUCAUGGAGCAUCCAAAGAUCCGCCUGCCUCGCCAUCUGAGAACCAAACUCAUCUCGCGUGUGGGCGAGAAGGUGAACUUGGUCAUCCCCUUCCAGGGUAAACCUCGCCCUGUUGUGACCUGGUUCAAAGAUGGCGUUCCCCUGGAGGACAAAACAGUGGGAACUCGUACCAGUGAAGUGGACACCAUCCUCUUCAUCCGAUCCGCAGACAGAAACCACUCGGGAAAGUACACGCUGUCGGUUCAGAUCGAGAACAUGUUGGACAGCGCUGACAUACACAUCCAGAUCGUAGACAAACCAGGACCUCCGGUUGACGUGCAUGUCGCAGAAGUCUGGGGUUUCAACGUCGCCCUGGAGUGGAAGCCGCCCAAGGACAACGGCAACUGUGACAUUAUCGGCUACACUAUCGAGAAGGCCGACAUGAAAACUAAGGAGUGGUUCAUGGUCUAUGAGCACAACCGCAGGCCCAGCUGCACUGUGUCUGACCUGGUCAUGGGGAACGAGUAUUCCUUUCGAGUGUUCAGCGAAAACAUCUGUGGCCUCAGCGACGAGCCUGGCAUCAGCAAGAACACGGCCAUCAUAACCAAAACAGGUUUCGGCUACAACCCUCCACCUUUCAAAGAAAAGGACAUUAACCGGUCCCCCAAGUUCACAGCGCCUCUUGUGGACAGAAGUGUGGUUGCAGGCUACCCCACAGCCAUCAGCUGUGCUGUCCGCGGCCACCCCAAGCCAAAGAUCAUUUGGAUGAAGAACAACAUGAUCAUUGGCGAGGACCCCAAGUAUCUGAUGCAGAACAAACAGGGCGUGUUGACUUUGAACAUCCGCAAGCCGAGCCUGUUUGAUGGGGGCAGAUACUCCUGCAAGGCCAUCAACGAUCUCGGGGAGGACGAGGUGGAGUGCAAGCUGGAGGUCCGAGUUGUACAAGAGAAAGGAGAGGAGGCGAAGAAAUGAGUGACAGCACGAACAGCAGAGGAUACAGUCGAACAGGAAUAGUAAUGGAUUAUGUAUAACCGGAUAGUCAUGAAUAAAUAUGAUUAGAGUAGAUCACUGGUGAGGCUCUAAAGCCAACCCCCCCCCCCCCCACCUCCUUCUAUACGCUUGCCUUUCUGCGCUGCUAUGACGAAUGCCACAUCGGUAAUAUACCAUAAAUUCUUACAGCGAGAGGUGAGGAGCAGAGUGGUGUAGUAGCGCUGCCCCGCUGUGACCACACACACAGAUGGAUCCUUCUUAUCUGUGAAGUGGACCUGUCACUGAACACACUUAUAAAACAGCCUUUCAUCCAUUA